GCGAGAAAUGCUUUUGUUCUUUUGUUCAAUGCCAUUGAUCCGUUUAAGACGAAGAAGCUGUUCACUCUCGUUGAAGUUGUCGGCAUUACCCUAGCUAUUGAAUCAGUUUGUGCCAUUGACUCUGUCGUUGUAAUAAGCACUGUUUUCGGGUUGGAAGGCAUAACCCGUCUUUGCUUGCCUACCUUGUUAGGAGUUUUAGUUCAUCCCCGCUUAGGGGAGCGAAGGCACUUACGCAUCCGGAUUCCAUUCUUUUUAAGCUCACACCGCACCGGGUUGCUUGCUUUUGGUCAGCUGUUCCCAAGGAGUCUUUCAGAAGAUGUGGCACAAUUCAUAUCCCUUGCCCGGGCUACAGCCAAACGGGAAAUAGAAAGGCUCAUUCACGAGAACGAAGGCAGAAUCGAAAGGCUCAGAGUCCUUUAUAAAGAGAAAAUAGACUUCUUGGACGAACAGAUAGAUAGACUAACGGACAGUUACGUCAGUGAUCGACUAAUCGCUAAGAAAAGGAAUAGAAUUCGCAUAGGCAACACAGGGUUCGGUACACGGAACACCUACCCAAUCGAUAAAGAAAAAGCAGAUCAAAGACUUAUCCUCAAUAGUCAUAAAGGAUCGCGAUCUAAGGUUACCGACCGAAGUCCUGGGCCCGCCGCUUUCUUGAUUCACUCCAUGACUAAGAACGCUCUUUUUUCUACUUUUUUUCUUUCUUCUCUUAUUCUAUUUCGAUUCGAAGUCCAAACAGUGCUCGACCGUUUCUGCAACGGUCUCUCUCUUGCAAAUCCGUUCAUUCCCACUCGCAGGAAUUUAUGGAAAGAAAAGAAAGACAUAACUGGCUUAACGAGAGCUGAGCCCACGACCAGAAGGAAAAUUCCUUCUCUUUUCCUUCCGAUCCCAAUUCCCAUUCACAACCUCAUGACCCCUUUUUGGGGCCCCUUCAGGCCCUUCCUGUGUCACUCAAUUGGUCAUGUGAAAGGAGUCAAGCUUUCCGCAGCUAGAAAGGCAAUCAGUUCUGGCACAAGACAAAUCCCUUUUUCGCUUAGAGGUGUUCUAUUUUCACAGGGAAUCAGAAGUGAGAGUCCCUCCCUAUUAGAGGACUCCCAGGUCACAUUGCGUGCGGGAUGUGUCGACCGGCACUGGAACACGAUAAGGCGAUGGUACAAAGCGCAGCCAACGAAUCGAAAUGACACCUUCGCAACAUAUUUAGAUCUGGGAUUAAGCUCUGCAUGCGGCGGG